AGUGGAAAACUGAAUUAACAAGAAGAAGAUGAUAUUUAUAAGAUCCAAGUCAUUGGCAUUUGCCAAGUACUUUUACAUUGUGCAGUGAAUGACAGGAAUCCUAAUCACCAAUAUGCACUAUACAGGAAUUUGCCAUGGUGAGGAUCCUCAGAACAAAUUCAAACAACUCUCUCAGAACUAACCCAUUUUAUAUUACAAAAAAGAACCUUGCCAUUCAACAAAUUCAAACCCUUCUUCACAACAAGGUUUGCCUUAUCGCUUGCUCAUUCAAAAUAUACUUACAGCCCUAUUAGUGAUUAAAAUACAUCACGAACAAAAUGACAUUGUAUAUACACUACUCACAGAAAUAUCUCAGUUCUCUCGCUUUCUCCAAAAAUAUCCAAAAUUCCCUCCUUGUUAAUUCUGCUCUGUGGUGGCAUUUAGCUUCAUUUUAUGUACACUUAGUUUCAUGGAGUUCUAUGCCAUGGCAGGGAUGCUGGAAUUCUGGCGAUCCCUGUUGAGGCAGUCAAAACCUUCUACUCUAACUGCGGCUGGUUUGAGGCCAUACUUCAUUCUAACACAUCCUCCUUUGCGUGUUGCUGAUGAUGGAGAUGAUAAACCUGAUGGGGAUGGAAUUUGCAGUGAUGGAAUGGGAGUGAGUCUUUCGUCUCCAAAGCGAGCAUCAUGUACAAGUGGGUUAGCAGCUCUGCUUGGAGGAGACCCACAAAAAAAUGGGGGUGAUGAGGCUACAGGGGUGACAGGUGGUUCUGUUACAAAAUCCUCCUGCAUCACACCCAAAAUACUAGUCAAUCAAUGAUCCACUGAAAGCUGAUAUUUGCUUGAAACCAAUGAACCACUAGGAACAAUAUGACUGAAAGCUUUUGUUUGCUUGAAACCAAUGAACCACUAGGAAAAAUAUUUGAAACAUAAAGGUCUAUAGUUUGG